AGAGAGAGAGAGAGAGAGAGAGAGAGAGAGAAAAGAAUAAAAAAACUCAAAGAAAACUAAAGGGAUCCCAGAACCAAAAUAUACGAAAUACUUUUGCUUCCUUUCCCUUCGAUUAUAGGAUUUCUAUAGUCGGCCAUCUCCGGGAUUUAAAACCUUGAAAUAACCAAAUUACCCGGAAGAUGGGAAUGGUGUCUUAGUCGGGCUCGGGCUGUGUUGUCCCAUAAUUUUCGUAAGGUUCUGAAAAGAAAUGCAGAAGCGAGAGAGGGAGGGACGAAGAAAAAGAUGCAAGGUCUUCAGCACCAGCAGCAGCAGUUGGCAGCUCUCCUCUCUGUUGUCCUCCCCAAAGACAACUCCUCCUCUUCCUCCGCCUCUGAAGACGACGACUCUGCUCGUCUCGCCGCUCUCAACUCGCUCCACCGUGCUAUUCUUUAUCCUUCCAACUCCUUGCUCGUUGCUCACUCUGCAUCUUUCCUCUCCCAGGGCUUAUCUCAGCUGCUUUCCGACAAGUCCUACUCGGUGAGGCGGGGCUCGGCUAUUGCCUAUGGUGCCCUAUGUUCUGUAGUUUGUUCAAGCCUUCUAGCUCCCAACGGAAGGCAAAAUCAGGUUAUAGCUGGUAGUUUAGUGGACAGGUUUAUCAAUUGGGCUCUGCCACUGCUAAGGGAUGUCAGGGUUGGAGAUGGGAUGGCCGAAUUGGCACUGGAUGGUCUCCGGGAGUUUCUCAAUACUGGAGAUGUUGCUGCAGUUGAGCGAUAUGUUCCACCAAUUCUCAAAGCGUGCCAGGAACUUCUCGAGGAUGAGAGAACCUCCUUGAACUUACUCCAUCGGUUGCUUGGUUUUUUGUCGCUGAUAUCACUGAAGUUUUAUAGGUGCUUCCAUUCUCAUUUUGUUGACAUAAUUGAUCUCCUUCUUGGAUGGGCAUUGGUGCCAGACCUUUUGGAGUCUGAUAGGGGCAUUAUAAUGGAUAGUUUCUUGCAGUUUCAGAAGCAUUGGUUGAGUAAUAUGCAGUUCUCACUGGGACUGCUGUCGAAGUUCUUGGGUGAUAUGGACGUCUUACUCCAGGAUGGGAGUCCUGGAACCCCACAACAAUAUCGGAGGUUACUUGCUCUGCUAUCUUGUUUCUCUACAGUGCUGCAGGCUACAGCUUCUGGGAUGCUGGAAAUGAAUUUACUUGAAAAAAUCAGUGAGCCCCUGUUUAGAUUGAUUCCUCAACUAUUGGCAUGUCUCUCCAUGAUUGGCCGGAAAUUUGGGUGGUCAAAAUGGACCGGACAGUCCUGGAGAUGCUUGACUUUAUUGGCUGAAAUUCUGGGGGAAAGGUUUUCCACAUUUUAUUCAGUUGCCAUUGAUAUACUGUUCGAAGGCUUGAGGGAAGAAACUCCUGUCCAACAUGUAGGCUCUGGCAAGGUUACAACCUUACAGGUUCAUGGGGUGCUGAAGACAAACCUCCAGUUGCUUUCUCUACAGAAGCUUGGACUCCUGCCGUCAUCUGUUCAGAAAAUACUGCAAUUCGAAUUUCCUAUUUCGCAGCUGCGGCUGCAUCCAAAUCACCUUGUGACAGGAAGUUCUGCUGCCACAUAUCUUUUCUUGCUUCAGCAUGAGAGUCAUGAAGUGGUUGGACAGGCAAUGGUUUCUCUGCUUGAAGAGCUGGAGCUAUUAAAGGGAAUGGUUGGGAAAAUUUGGGAGUGUAGGGAUGUGAUCAGUAGUGUAACAGAUUGUAAGCCUUAUUCAAAACCCGAGUUAUUUUCAUUGAUUAAGUUUGACUUGAAAGUCUUGUUAAGCUGUGUAACAUUGGGUAGUGGAGGGACUCGUCUUGUUCAGCCAGCAAUUGCUGCUUCCUGCAAUGAGAGGUCAGUAAAAUUGACAUCUUAUAUUUUGGAGAAACUGUAUCCGUUCGACUUACCUAUUGAAGGGUGCAUUGAAUUGCAAGCCAGUGUUGUGAGGGCAUUGAGCAAACUCAGUGAAAUUGAAUUCUUAAGCAAGUGCACCAUAAACAAAAGUUCUGUCAACACAAAUCUCAUUGAUAUCACAGCUUCAAAUCUAUUGGAUUGUGACAACUUUAAGAAUGAGUAUUUCAUAGUGAUUAAUGAUUAUUUGAGGAAGUACAGUAUGCUCCUUGUUAAAGCUCUUGAUGUUUCUUCUCCUCUUGCUGUUAAGAUAGAAGGUUUACAAUGGAUCCAAGGUUUUUGUGAGGCUGUUCUAACUGUGACGGAGGAUUUGGUUUCUACCAAGGAUUUUUAUCCAGUGGGUGGAUAUGCUUUUGUUGCUGGUCAUUUGAUUUUCACUAUUUUGAAUGCAGCUACAGAUCGGGAGCUGAAAGUGAGAUCUCAGGUUGCAUCAACAUUGGAAAGUCUGCUGCAAGCGAAGCUUAUUUAUCCUGGACAUUUAUACUCCAUUACUGAAGUUGUCCUUGAAAAACUUGGUGAUCCUGAUGUUACUAUUAAAACUGCUUUUGUCAGGUUACUUUCCUUUGUCUUACCUCUGACAAUGUAUGCAUAUGGCCUGUUUGAAUAUGAAAUGGGUACUACAUGUAGAACUGGUUUGCUCAGGUUAGGCAACAGAUCGUACUUGCACUGGAAGCAAGUAUGUGCACUCAUGCAGCUGCCAAGGCAAUUUCACUCACAGCAGCUUGUUUCCAUUCUAAGUUAUAUCUCACAGAGAUGGAAGGUGCCUCUUUCCUCUUGGAUCCAGCGCCUUUUUUAUAGCUGCCAUGUUACAAAAGACUUCAUUUCCAACCAGCUAGAAAAGACGGGAAAUGUCGGCCUAUGGAUGGACAUAAAAGUAGAGGGAGAUAUGCUGGAUAAAAUUUGCUCGGUAAAUAACCUGGCCGCUGCAUGGUGGUCUGUGCAUGAAGCAGCUAGAUACUGUGUCUCUGUCCGCCUGCGAACUUACCUUGGUGGUCCCACCCAGACUUUUGCAGCCUUGGAGCGCAUGCUUCUAGACACAGCACAGGUGCUGCAACUAGACACCGAGCAAAAUGAUGGUAACUUGAAUAUUAGUUUAUCUAGUACUCACCUGUUACCCAUGAGGCUAUUAUUGGAUUUUGUCGAGUCCCUGAGGAAAAAUAUAUAUAAUGCCUAUGAUGGUUCGGUUGUUUUACCAUGUGCUACCCGGCAGAGUUCCUUGUUCUUUCGGGCUAACAAGAAGGUCUGUGAGGAAUGGUUUUCUCGCAUAUGUGAACCGAUGAUGAAUGCUGGAGUUGCACUGCAUUGUCAUGCUGCUACAGUUCAUUAUUGCACAUUGCGAUUGCAGGAGCUCAGAAAUCUAGUGGCUGCAGCUUUGAAGGACAAAUCAUGGGGCCAGGUAUCUGAGAAUCACCGCAAUCUGAGAGGCAGAUUUGCAGGAGAUGUUUUGAGAGUCUUACAGCAUUCAGCUUUGGCUCUUUGCAGGAGUCAUGAACCUGAAGCUUUGAUUGGCCUACAAAAAUGGGUUUCAAUGACAUUCUCUUUAUUGUUUGUGGAGGAGAAUCAGAGUCUGAGUAACAGUGAAAUGUUGGCACCUUUUUCGUGGAUCACAGGACUUGUGUAUCAGGCACAGGGGCAUUAUGAAAUGGCUGCUGCUCACUUUACUCAUCUGCUUCAGACUGAUGGGACUUUGAGUUCUAUGGGUUCUGAUGGUGUGCAGUUUGCUAUUGCACGUGUCAUUGAAAGUUACAGUGCACUCUCUGAUUGGAAGUCUCUAGAAACAUGGCUAUUGGAGCUGCAGGUUCUUCGUGCAAAAAAUGCAGGGAAAAGUUACUCUGGUGCACUAACUACUGCUGGCAAUGAAAUUAAUGCAGUUCAUGCCUUGGCCUGCUUUGAUGAGGGAGAUGCUCAAGCCUCAUGGGCAUAUCUUGAUUUGACACCUAAAAGUAGUAGUGAGCUCACACUUGAUCCUAAACUGGCAUUGCAGAGAAGCGAACAGAUGCUUUUGCAGGCAAUGCUUCUUCACAGAGAAGGAAAGGUAGAGAAGGUACAACAGGAAAUAGAAAAGGCCAAGUCAAUGCUGGAGGAAGCCUUGGCUGUUCUUCCCUAUGAGGGAUUAACUGAAGCAGCAGCAUAUGCCACCCAAUUGCACUGCAUUUUUGCAUUUGAAGAGGGCUACAAAGUUAAAAUCAGUGGAGAUGAACCCAAACUACAUCAGUCGAUUUUAAGUUUAUUAACCCAACUCAUGCAAUUUCCCAUUGAUAGAGUUCAUCAAGACUGUAAUUUGUGGUUAAAAGUUUUCCGUAUUUAUCGUACUGUGAUUCCAACCUCCCCAAUAACUCUGCAGCUGUGCCAGAAGUUGAUGCAUUUAGCCCGUAAACAAAGGAAUUUAAAGAUGGCACAAAAUUUGAACAAAUAUCUUAAGGAUCAAGUCUUGAGUUGUGCUGAGGGGAUGUAUCGAGAUUUUCUUGUUUCAAAUAUGCAGUAUGAGGGUAUCCUGCUGAUACAUGCUGAAGACAAGCUUGAAGAUGCUUUAAUGGAUCUUUGGUCAUUUGUGCGUCCUAGUAUGCUUUCUCCAACAAUAGUGUCUUCAAAUGUUGACAACACUCUCAAGGCCAAGGGAUGCUUGAAACUCUCAAAUUGGUUGAGGAAUUAUUCUGAUAUGAAUUUGGAGAAUGUUAUUCGCAAGAUACAUGCAGAUCUCAACAUAUCAGAGUCAGAUGCUUCUCUUGGCGGAGGUGGGCCCUCUGUUGGCAGUGGAGAUGUAAAAUCCAACCCAAGCAUCGAUCAGAUUCUUGAGGAAAUAGUUGGUGCAGCUGUGAAAUUGUCCACUCUUCUAUGCCCCAACAUGGGCAAGUCAUGGCUUUCUUAUGCCUCUUGGUGUUAUAGUCAAGCCAGAAAUUCCCUCCCUGCUGCACAUGGUACCAUUCUUCAGUCGUGCUCUUUGUCUCCAAUUCUUGUUCCCGAAGUUCAGUCUGAUAGGUUCAAAUUAACAAAAGAAGAGGCAUCAAGAGUGGAAAAUAUAAUCUUAGAGCUCUUCCAGAAAAUAUCUGGUGCAAAUGAUGCAGGUGGAGAAUGUAUUGUCUGGUCUGAUUCUCAUGAACAUUUGAGGCAUGAGAAUAAUGUCAAGGCUUUAGCAUGCCAAGCAGUAAAUAUAAUUGAAGCUGCAGCUGGAGCACCCGGAAUGGAAGACUCGGAGGGUGAGUGCCUCUCUGCUACUGUGACUUCUCAGUUGCAGUUGCUCUUUCUACAUAUGGAUGCUGGCCUGCAGAAAGCCGACAUUUUGUCUUCAAUUGAUGAAUUGGUUGAUGUUUGGUGGACUCUAAGGAGGAGACGGGUAUCACUCUUUGGUCAUGCGGCUCAUGGUUUUAUGCAAUACCUUUCACAAUCAUCCUCUAAACUUUGGGAAGGUCAUUGGGCUGGCUCUGAUCUUGACCCGAUGAAGCAAAGGAGUGGAAGCUACACUCUUAGAGCUACUUUAUAUGUCCUACAGAUUCUUCUCAAUUAUGGGGUGGAGUUGAGAGAUACUCUUGAACCUGGUCUCUCAACAGUUCCAAUGUUGCCGUGGCAGGAGAUUACACCUCAGCUGUUUGCACGGUUAAGUUCUCACCCUGAGCAAAUAGUACGAAAGCAACUGGAAGGUUUGCUGAUGAUGCUCGCAAAGCUAACUCCUUGGUCCAUAGUGUACCCUACAUUAGUUGAUAUAAAUGCUUAUGAAAGGGAACCUUCAGAGGAACUUCAGCACAUACUUGGGUGUUUGACUAAGCUCUACCCAAAAUUAAUUCAAGACGUUCAACUUGUGAUAAAUGAGCUAGGGAAUGUAACUGUUCUCUGGGAGGAGCAAUGGCUCAGCACGCUUCAAGAUCUUCACACAGAUGUGAUAAGGCGAAUUAAUAUGCUUAAAGAGGAAGCUUCACGGAUUUCAGAGAAUGUCACUCUUAGUCAUAGUGAGAAGAAUAAGAUAAAUGCUGCAAAAUACUCAGCCAUGAUGGCCCCCAUUGUUGUUGCCUUGGAGCGUCGUCUGGCUUCAACUUCUCGGAAACCUGAAACUCCUCAUGAGAUUUGGUUCCAUAAGGAGUACGGAGAACAACUGAAAUCUGCCAUCUUGGCCUUUAAGACUCCUCCAGUAUCUAUGGCGGCACUUGGUGAUGUCUGGCGACCAUUUGAUGCUAUUGCAGCAUCUUUAGCUGCAUAUCAGAGGAAGUCAUCAGUUUCUUUGGGGGAUGUUGCCCCAAAGCUGGCAUUACCAUCGUCAUCUGAGGUUCCGAUGCCUGGUCUUGUGAAGAAAACUACAAUCUCUGAGUCCUGUGCUGGUCCUACCACUGAUCUGCAGACCAUUGUCACCGUUGCUUCUUUCUCUGAACAAGUGAUUAUUUUAUCAACCAAGACUAAACCUAAGAAACUUGUUAUACUGGGUUCUGAUGGUGAAAAGUAUACAUAUCUCUUGAAAGGCCGUGAAGAUUUGCGUCUUGAUGCUAGAAUUAUGCAGCUGUUGCAAGCCAUCAAUGGUUUUUUGCAUUCAUCUCCUGAUACUCGUAGUUGUUCGCUUGCUAUUCGUUAUUAUUCUGUGACACCAAUCAGUGGUCAGGCUGGUCUUAUCCAGUGGGUAGACAAUGUAAUAAGCAUAUAUAGUGUAUUCAAGUCUUGGCAGUACCGUAUGCAGCUAGCACAGUUCUCAGCAAUGGGUGCUGGUAAUGUAAACAAUACAGCUCCUCCACCUGUUCCCAGACCAAGUGAUAUGUUCUAUGGUAAAAUUAUACCAGCACUCAAAGAGAAAGGAAUACGAAGAGUAAUCUCACGAAGAGACUGGCCCCAUGAUGUUAAGCGAAAAGUUCUUCUGGAUCUUAUGAAGGAAACUCCUAGACAACUUCUCCAUCAAGAAAUUUGGUGUGCUAGCGAAGGAUUCAAAGCCUUCAGCAUGAAAUUGAAGAGGUAUUCUGGUAGUGUGGCAGCGAUGAGCAUAGUGGGGCACAUACUGGGCCUAGGAGAUAGACAUUUGGACAAUAUUCUCAUGGACUUCUCUACGGGGGAUGUUGUACACAUAGAUUACAAUGUGUGUUUUGAUAAAGGGCAUAGACUAAAGAUUCCAGAGAUUGUCCCUUUCCGCCUGACCCAAACAGUUGAAGCAGCUUUAGGGUUGACAGGAAUUGAAGGUACUUUCAGAGCUAAUUGUGAAGCUGUUAUCGGCGUUCUGAGGAAGAAUAAAGACAUACUGUUGAUGUUACUAGAGGUAUUUGUUUGGGAUCCGUUGGUAGAGUGGACACGUGGAGAUGGCCAUGAUGAAGCAGCAAUAGGUGGUGAAGAAAGAAAAGGCAUGGAGUUGGCUGUAAGCUUGAGUUUAUUUGCAUCCCGAGUGCAAGAAAUUCGUGUUCCUUUACAGGAACAUCAUGACCUCUUACUCGCUACCUUACCAGCUGCUGAAUCAGUACUCGAGAGGUUCUUGGAAGUCCUAAGAAAAUAUGAAGUUGUUUCUGCUCUCUUCUACCAUGCCGAUCAAGAGAGGUCAAACCUCGCUUUGCAUGAAACAUCUGCAAAGUCAAUUGUUGCUGAAGUAACUUGUAAUUCAGAGAAAACCCGUGCCUUGUUUGAAAAACAGACUCAGGAGUUUGCUCAAGCAAGAGCUCUGGCAGCUGAGAAAGCCCAAGAGGCAGCGAUGUGGAUAGAACAACAUGGGAGGGUCCUUGAUGCUUUGCGAAGUGGUUCAAUUCCAGAAGUCCAGUCUUGCAUAAAUCUGAGUAGCAUGGAAGAUGCCUUAUCUCUCACAUCUGCUGUCCUGGUGGCUGGUGUACCAUUGACUAUUGUCCCUGAGCCUACACAAGCACAAUGUUAUGAUUUAGAUAGGGAGGUUUCUCAGCUCAUUGCUGAAUUGGAUGGUGGACUAUCUUCUGCAGUUCAAGCACUUCAAGCAUAUGCUUUAGCAUUGCAAAGAAUCCUACCCCUGAAUUACUUAACUACAAGCCCACUUCAUGGUUGGGCACAAAUUUUGCAAUUGUCAGUGAAUAAUAUAUCUUCUGAUAUUCUUUCUCUAGCCAGAAGACAAGCUGCUGACCUCAUUGCUAAGGCUCAAGGGGAGGGUAUUGAUUCUAUUCAGCAGGGGCAUGAAGAUUUUUGUCAUAAGGUGGAGAAAUAUGCAAUGGAGAUAGAGAAAGUUGAAGAAGAGUGUUCCGAACUGGUAAACUCUAUUGGCUCAGAUACGGAAGCAAAAGCUAAGGAUCGUCUCAUAACUGCCUUCACAAAGUACAUGCAAUCUGCUGGUUUUCCAAGGAAAGAAGAUGAUGUAUCCUUUACUCAAAGGAGUCAAUUUAAACAUGAUGGGACCAAGGACAUUGGAUAUCUGGGAGAGAUUGAAGAGAAGAAGGAAAAGGUACUCUCUGUUUUACACGCAGCAGCAAGUGCUCUUUAUAAUGAGGUUAAUGGUAAGGUUCUUCACAUAUUAGGUCACUCCAUUGAAAGAAUUGGAUGGAGAUAUGCAGAAGAUAGUUUACAUUCUGAUUCAGGAACUAUCUUCUCCGAGUUAGAAGAACAAGUAGAGAAGUGCAUGCUUGUUGCAGGGUUCGCUAAUGAACUUCAGCGGUUUGUUGGUGUGGAUGUACCUAAUAUUUGUUUAGAUAUAGACAAUACUAAGUUCUCUUCUGAAGAGAACUGGGCUUCUAUAUUUCAGUACAGUAUACUUUCAUGUAGAAUUUUAGUUGGGCAAAUGACUGAAGUUGUUCUCCCAGAGAUAAUGAGGUCGAUUGUUUCACGUAAUUCAGAAGUUAUGGAUGCUUUUGGAUCCCUUUCACAAAUCCGGGGAUCCAUUGAUACAGCACUAGAACAGCUUGUUGAGGUUGAAAUCGAGAGAGCUUCCUUAGUAGAUCUUGAACAGAACUACUUUGUGAAGGUUGGCCUCAUCACAGAGCAGCAGUUGGCUCUUGAAGAAGCUGCCAUGAAGGGUAGAGAUCAUCUUUCAUGGGAAGAAGCAGAAGAGCUUGCAUCUCAAGAAGAAGCAUGUAGGGCUCAAUUGGACCAACUCCAUCAGACAUGGAACCAAAAGGACAUGCGGACUUCUUCUCUGAUAAAGAGGGAAGCUGCUGUUAGAAAUGCAUUGCUUUCUUCUGAACGCCAUUUUUUAUCUCUAUUCAGUGCUGAACAAGGAAGGGAUCCUCAUCUUUUGAGAAGCAAAGGCCUUCUGGCUACAUUAGUAAAACCCUUCUCUGACUUGGAACCUAUUGAUCAAAUGCUGUCCAAAUUUGGUAGCUAUGCUUCUUCCUAUUCAAACGGAUCUUCUAAUCUGGUGAAUCUAAUGAAUUCUGGAUACUCAAUAACAGAAUAUAUCUGGAAGUUUGCCAGUUUAUUGAAAAAUCAUUGCUUCUUUAUCUGGAAAGUUGGAGUCAUGGAUUCAUUUCUUGAUUCGUGCAUACAUGACAUAUCUUCGGCCGUGGAUCACAAUUUAGGAUUUGAUCAGCUCUACAAUGUUUUGAAGAAGAAACUCGAAAUCCAGCUUCAAGGACAUGUAGGUCAAUAUUUGAGAGAACGAGUUGCUCCUGCUCUCUUGGCUAGACUAGAGAAAGAAAAUGAGCAUUUGAGGCAACUUACCCUGCCAGCGAAAGAACUCAGUGUUGAUCAAGUAAAAAGAGAUGGUGGUGCUGUCAAAAGGGUGCAGCUUAUGCUUGAGGAAUACUGUAAUGCACAUGAGACUGCUAGAGCUGCAAGAUCAGCUGUUUCCCUGAUGAAAAGGCAAGUAAGUGAACUCAAAGAGGCUAUUCGAAAGACAAGCCUAGAGAUUGUUCAGUUGGAAUGGCUGUGUGAUUCUUUAUUGCCAUACCUAAAUAAGAACAGGAUGAUAUCUCAGAAAUUCCUUAUAGGUGAUGAUCAGUUAUACCCCAUAAUUCUUAACCUCAGUAGACCUAAAUUGCUUGAGAAUUUACAGUCAACGGUGUCAUCAAUAGCUAGAUCUAUGGAGUCACUGCAAACUAGUGAGAGGACUUCUGUGUCAGCUGAAGGACAACUUGAAAGGGCAAUGGGGUGGGCAUGUGCUGGCCCUAGUACCAUUGGGGCUGGGACUACAAUGGCCAAGAGCUCAGGAAUACCUCCUGAAUUUCAUGAUCAUCUGAUGAGACGGCACCAGUUGCUUUGGGCUGCUCAAGAGAAAGCUUUAGAUAUUAUCAAAAUUUGCUCAUCUAUACUGGAGUUUGAAGCAUCUAGAGAUGGCAUUUUCCAGAUGCCAGCAGAGACAUCUGCUGGUAGGACUGUGGGUGAUGGGAGGCUUUGGCAGCAAGUUUACUUGAAUGCUCUAACAAGAUUGGAUGUUGCUUAUCAAUCUUUUACUCGUGCUGAACAAGAAUGGAAAUUGGCAAAAAGCAGCAUGGAAGCUGCUGCCAGUGGCUUGUUUUCUGCAACGAAUGAACUCUGUAUUGCUUCAGCAAAGGCAAAAUCAGUCUCAGGUGAUCUGCAGGGCAUACUUUCAGAGAUGCAAGAUUGUGCCCAUGAAGCCAGCGUUGCGCUAUCUGCUUUUGCUAACGUUUCCAGGGGCCACACUGCUUUGACUACUGAAUGUGGUUCAAUGCUUGAAGAGGUUUUGGCAAUAACCGAGGGUCUACAUGAUGUUCACAGCUUGGGAAAGGAGGCUGCUGACUUACACAAAGUUCUUUUGGCAGACCUUUCAAAGGCAAACACAAUACUUCUUCCACUUGAAUCAGUGCUAUCUAAGGAUGUACCUGCGAUUGCUGAUGCUAUUUCAAAGGAAAGAGAGAGCAAGAUGGAGAUCUCUCCUAUUCACGGACAAGCAAUAUAUCAAUCCUACCACUCGAGGAUUAGAGAGGCUCAACAGUCUUUGAAACCAUUGGUGCCAUCACUCACUCUCUCUGUGGAGGAACUCCAUUCUAUGUUGACCAGGCUUGCACGGACUGCAAGUCUCCAUGCUGGAAAUCUUCAUAAAGCACUGGAAGGACUGGGAGAGAGCCAGGCAGCGAGGUCACAAGAUAUGAAUUUAUCAAGGUCUGACCUCGCAGGUGAUGCAGCUGCAUUUGAUGACAAGGAGAAGGAUCUGUUCUCCAGAACUGAUGGAGGUAGCAAUUCAGAUUUUCUGGAUGCUGCUGGGUUAUCUUUGCAAGAUGAAGGAUGGAUCUCUCCUCCCAACAGCAUAUACAGUAGUAGCUCCAUCUCCAGCAUUUCCUCAGCUGAGUCAAGUAUUUCUGAUAGUUUCAGUGGUCAAGAAAAUCGGGUGGAACUAUUUUCAUGUGGAUUUGAUGGAGGAGAAUGUGCAGAACAUCUAAAUUCCAAUCUUUCCACUGGCACCAAUAUCCAAGAGGGAUCAUCACAUGGGCAGUCAAAAUCUCAAGUAGUGGAGGUCAGGAAUGGUGGUGCUAACUCUUCUUCAGCUCUUGAUGAGCCAACUGAACUUUUGCAAGCCUUGGCAUUAUCUUCUGAAGCUACAAAUGGUCAUGUCGAUUCUUUGGGUCCAUUGGGCAAGGAAAAAUUGGAGGAUGUGAUUUGUGGGGUUAAAGAUGAUGCAUCCACAACAAACCAAGUUAAGAGGCAUCCUGCAAAUCAUGAAGCUUCUCUUCCCUGUAUAGAUGGUCAUAGCAGGAUUAGCAGGGGUAAGAACCCUUAUGCAAUGUCAGUGCUAAGACGUGUUGAGAUGAAACUAGAUGGACGAGAUAUUGAAGACGGCAGGGAAAUGGAUAUUGCAGAGCAAGUGGAUUAUCUUCUUAAGCAAGCUACCAGUAUAGAUAACCUGUGUAACAUGUAUGAAGGUUGGACACCAUGGAUUUGAACAUUCAUUUGAAGCUUGUACAUUCUAUAAGAUCUAGGAAGUAAAUCAGUACCUUCCAUUGGGGAGAGGAUACCUCUGGCUUUUCUUCCAAGGUUGGCAAGGGCAUGGCAUGGGUCUCACAUGAAUGCCUAGAGCAGAAGGGUUGUUGCACCUUUCCAAUUUCUUGGGAACACAUAUGUUGAUGUAUUGCCUCAGCAAUUCGGAAUCAGUUGGGUGCCCCUCUCCCUUACCGGGUCAAGAAUAUGAGGCUGAAUCAGUUGGAUGUCGGUUGCAUAAUGGAAUGGAUAAUUUCAAUUCUAUUUCCAUUAAUCAAGAGCUUCCUGAAUGGCCUUCGCCAUAGCUUUCACUUGCCUGAGCCACCAGAUCUUUGAUUUCAUGACACCAGCUCAGACAUUUGUUUGUACGUUAAGUGCUCUAGUUCGUUCAACUGGUGGAGUGCUGCCUAACGGCUUUGAUCUCGACUCUGCAUUUAGGGGCUUAUCAGAUAAACCCUCCAGUAAUUUUCUUUUUGCCAGAUGAGCCUUUUAACUGGGAAUUCAGGAAGUUAAAAAGUCUCUCCCACCCCAUGACAAGGAGGUGAAAUCUGAUGGGUGGUUUUCUGUGGUCGAAGGAGAGUCCUGCAAGGGCUUUCAAGACAGUUGGCUGACAUUUUACUUGUCUGGCAGGAUGCGUUUGCCGCUGCCCUUUGGUCUGGUAGAUUUUCUUAUCUUCCAAUUGACCAAUUGAUUGGCUCAUUGAAUAGGCAAUGCCGACGAUUUUGUAUGUAUGCAACUUUAUGUAUAUUCCUUAAUCUUUGCUUUCCUCUGGAAAAUAUAUUGGCAUUUUGUUCCUUUUUUUUUUUUUUGGUGAAGGCAAUUUGUUGCUUGAUGUAUAGUCUUUGACCUUAGAUUAAACUAAACUAUAUUAGUUGUUGAAUAUAUCUUGAUCCAGAGGGUUAUUCUUGUA